AUGCUCACAAGCUUGGCUCCCCGUGGGUCAAUUGAGUUGUUGACCGCCAAUUCCCGCGAGGCCUACAAGGAUGCGCAUAUGCAUGCUCUGCUGAGACCAAACAAUCCCGCCCAGCGGAAAUGUCCGCAAAUUGAAAAUUCUGACCACACCGGGAUCCCCUGGAAGUGA